GUAUUUAUUGCCAAAAUAAGUCUUAAUUCAGCAUAGGCAUGUGAGUAAAUGCAGUUUACUGUACCAAAGAUUGGAAGAAAUCUUAUUAUAAUUCGUGACAUCAAGCAUUAAACAUUGUGUUCGUAAAAAGUAAAGUUAAAGUAAAUAAAAAUGGCAUCAAAAGACGUAAAACUUUAUCAAAAUCGUUCGAAAUCAAACAGAGCAGGAUUGACAUUUCCAGUUAGUCGUAUUCAUCGUUUAUUGAGAAAAGGAAAUUAUGCAGAACGCAUUGGAACUGGCGCUCCUGUCUAUUUGGCUGCAGUUUUGGAGUAUUUAGUAGCUGAAAUCUUGGAAUUAGCAGGAAAUGCAGCACGUGACAAUGAAAAGACCAGAAUUGUGCCUCGUCAUCUUCAAUUGGCUAUUCGAAACGAUGAAGAACUCAACAAAUUAUUGGGAAAUGUUACAAUUUCUGAAGGAGGCGUUUUGCCAAACAUUCAAGCAGUUUUAUUACCAAAGAAGACAACAAAGCAUGCAAAAGAGGAAAAUUAAGGCGUUUAGGAUAUAAAAGUUUUAUUUUAAUUGUUUCGUACUUUUAAUUUUGUUAUUCUCGUUCAAAUUUG